AGGCAGAACGUCAAAACGAUUGUCGAUUCUGCGUGGUCGUGUCUGCUAUGGGCGGCAAGCCGAAAACAACAGACUUGCUCCUCAAUCUUGUCAAAUGUGCCUGUCGCAAUGACUGCUACAAAGUCAUCUUAGCGCAGAUCAGGGACAAACAUUUCAGCUGUUUGUGGGAGUUGUUUGGAGCACCAGGAGACGCUGGUGGUGAAAACGCGGAUGAACUUGAACACGAUAGAGAUGACAUCAAAGUGGGAGACAGGGAAGCAUUUUUGGCUGUGUUUCCGUUAGCGAGGAAAAUCGAAAGUGAUUUGCGGGAAAUCGAGUCGUUACUGCAUGCGAUUCAAAUAUUGAGGAUGGUUACGGUUCAGGAUGGUUGUAUUUUGUUCAAAGUAGAAGUAGAGUGAAGUAGAAUAUAAUCUACUUGUUGUUGUUUUCUUCACACCGCUACAACAAUUCUUUCGUAUCUCCCAGUUCAUGUACCUCUCACUUUCCUUUCUUUCGUAUCUCCCAGAUCAUGUACAUCCCACUUUCCUCUUUCAUACGCAAAGACAAGAAGAUUCAAGGACUUAUCGCCGGUUAUGGCGAAAUGUGGUCGGCGUCCAUCUUAGCACUGCUGAUGCAGAAACGCAACAGUCACGAGCAAACGCAGAACGUUUUCCGUUUCCUGGAUGCCAGAGAUGUGAUCACGCUGGAGCCUGGUACAGAAAUGGUGUUGUGGGACGAAUCAACUAAACGAUUGGAAGGAGUUUUUCAGAGUUGUGUUGAGGAGGAAAUGACAACUCCACAAACUACGAGACAGCACUUCGUCGCAACCGGUUUCAUCGCAUCCUACUUUGGUGGUGGUGCAACAACUCUUGGCCGCGAUGGUUCUGACUACUCUGCCAGCAUCUUUGCUCGAUUGCUUUCGGCUCAACUAUUAACGAUUUGGACUGACGUGUCCGGAGUCAUGUCAGCGGAUCCAAGGAGAGUGCCUGACGCAUAUGUCCUACCUGACGUGAGCUACCUGGAAGCCACUGAGUUGGCUUAUUUUGGAGCUAAAGUCAUUCAUCCGAAGACGAUGCGACCUGCACAAGAAAGUCGUAUCCCGAUCAUGCUCAAAAACACGUUUCGGCCUUAUGAGGAUGCCGGCACUAGGAUCUAUUUGACCAGUGGGAAAACGCUGAGUCGGCCGGUCUGUGGGUACUAUUCUAGUUUGCUUAUACUAUGUAUAGUAUACGUCAUUUACUGUAUUUUGCCAUUGUUUUUACCUGAACCUGAAGAUAGAUUUGUGUCCGACAACUGCCCACAUGAUGAUCCAAGUAUCUGAACCUGAAGAUAAAUUUGUGCCCGACGACUGCGUACAUGAUGAUCCAAGUGUCUAUCAUCCUCGAAUAGAAAUCUCCACCAGGUUCAACGUCUACGAUGGCAUUUCGCUGCUCAACAUCGAGUGUGCCGGAAUGACAGAAGUUCCUGGGGUUUUCUCGCGACUCUUUUCCAGACUGGCUCAGGAUCAGGUGGGCAUCGAACUCAUCAGCCAAGCCGCAACCGAGCAAAGCGUUUGUUUCGCGGUAAAGACGGAGGAUAGCGGUCAAGCGGUGCAGAGUGUCCAAGCAUGCUUUGCAGAGGAGUUGAGGCUUGGGGAGAUCCAGUCAAUCCAAGUCACGGAGCCAUGCAGUGUAGUUGCCGCAGUCGGUGAUGGUAUGCGGAUGCGAGCUGGCAUUUCCGGCAAAUUCUUCCAUGCUUUGGGCAAGAGCUGCAUCAACAUCUUGGCGAUCGCACAGGGGUCUUCGGAGAGAAACAUCUCUGCUGUGGUGCCGUCUGCAGAUGCGGCGCGAGCCUUGAGGGCGGUGCAUUCCGAGUUCUUGACGAAGAUGAACGUGGGGGUGGUGUUGUUGUUGAAGAAUUCCGAUACUAGUAAUGCCUCAUGUGCUGCUCGCAAAGACAAUAAGAAGAACACUACAACUACAACUAGUGAAAACAUACUGAUGAAGCGCUUAGAGGAGGAACUAAAACAAGCGAGUGAAAAUAGUGGCCGCAGUGGCAGUGUGGAAUACCGACUGUUGGGUGUGUUACAGCAUCAAGGAGAAGCAGCGAGACUCUCUUGGAAAGCCGUUUACGAUGAUGAGCUACAGUUGAAUCGUCAUGACGUUUCUGCUAGUGCCAGUAGCUGGCCCUACACGGCGGGCGCAGGCGAUAGCGAUACUUGUGCUACUACCUCUACUUCGAUCUGCAAAGAUUUCCUACGAAAACUCGCAGUCACAGCGUUCAAAUUCGCGCAUCAAGUGAUUGUCGUAGAUGUUUCGCAGGAGGAGAUUAUCAAUAUGGAUACAGGAAACUCAGAAAUCAAGGAGGCUUCAUCAGGCUCUCCUACUUCUUCAACAAGUAAAUCUCCCUCAUCAGCAGCAUUGACACCAGUAGUUCUUGCUUCUUCUCGACGAGAGGACCAUGGCAAGACAGCUUCUUACUCUGCCGGCAACUCGACCAUGGCUAAACUUCAUCCUCUCUUUCUGAAAGAGGGCUUUCACAUUGUUUCCUUCAACGCGGCAGCAUUAGGUGGUGAGGCUGAUCUGUACAAGGAAAUCCUGAUGCAUACGCGAUUUUUGGACGAGGGUGGAAAUUGCAAGGGCGCUUCGCAUCUGAAGAGAAAGCUCAGUCGCAACAGUCUUCACAAUUUUGAGGGCAGUUGCAGUGCUACAGAAGAUUUUCUCCAUGAGCAACGUCACAAUCGCAGCCCAGCAGAUAGCGGCAGAGGCGGCAGUGGUAUCGGAAGCAGUGCAGAAAAGCACAGAGGGCAAUCGCAUUUACGCAAACGACGCCCACUGAGACCUAAUGUGCGGGAUCGAUCGAACGUGAAACUCUUCGACGUCAAUGACGACAACAAGGGAGACGAUCUUCAUGUUUUGGCAUCACAAGCAGGAGGAGGAGGUGGGAGAGCAACUUCUACUUCAGUGGAAGAUGAAUUACUCCUGUCAGCUGCAUGUGUCGCCGCUACAGAGUGUGGCUCGUCCCCUCCGGGACGAGAAGCGUUGGCUAUGAGAAAUCUCACCGCAGCCAAUACGAGUAAGAACAAAAACAUCAACACGGUCUCAAAAGUGAGCAAAGACAGCGAGCCAGCACCGGAUGCACACCCUCCACCACUCACUCUGGGUCUUUACGUCUACGGUAGCUCUAUUUGUCGAGGGGCUCUGCCCUUCGAGUCCACCGUUGCGUACCUGCAGAACAGUGGAGAUCGAGUAACGACUAUCGAGGGAACGUGUUUCGCACAGGGACUUGCUUUCCUUCUAGCCUAUAUGUCGAGCAACAAAUGUCGUUUUGUGGAUGCGCUGAGGGAGACAGCGGGAAGGGGAUUGCUCCAACGUGAUCACUUACUCCAACGUGUAGUUGUUCCUACUUCUGCUGGUGCUGCUGGAGGUGCAACGAAGCAUAACAUUAAGGCUACAAGAAAUCUCCCAUUUUCAGAGGCAUCUUGGUCCCGUUCUUAAAGGGAAAACGAGACCCAAGAUGCUGCUGAAAAUGGGAGAUUUCUCUUAGUUCUAAAUGCUACAGUUCCACGCCCACCACGUCUGUCCUGCAACUGAUCAGCGAAUUUGCGACUGAGCUAAGCGGCGAGCCUGCUGUUGCGCGUCUCGUGACCGUUGCGCGCAGGGUCCUGCUGGGAUCGUCUUCCGCUUCUCUGCUACGUAGCGGCGUCAACGUGGCGAACGUGGAACCGCUAUUGCCUGGCAUACGAGAGUGGCGUACGAGAUUGAUGGCUUCUUUUUCUCAAGAUCGGACGAGAUCGGAUGAAGAACUGCAAACUUCUGCCCAAAAAAUCGUGCUCGAAAACAUCAAGAAGUUAGAGGAUGACAUCUUAAUUCGACGUCUCAAGGUUUCCUACGUUGGUUCUGUCACGCGUUUAUCCGGCGGUAAGGCAGAGUGCAGUCUGAAACUCCUGCGAAGCCAGAGCAGGCAACUUUCAACAUCUCCUCUGAUGCCGCACGUUCCUUCCCUGAUGUCAACGACUUGUUCUACGUCUUCUCCGCGAGCACAAAGCGAAGGCAAGUUUUCAUCCUUUUCUCGCCAAACCACAGCACGGGCAACAACAAUCACGACUCGGGCUGAAGAUGUGUCUUCACCGGAAGCAGGUUGCGCUCAUACUGCUUCACCGGAGAGUACCACCCCGCCAGGAAGUUUGUCUCCCCCGAGCCCUGGUGUCCCCGGGACCUACUAUCAUGGAAACUUCAUCCCGAGUAGUCCCACCAAAGUCGAUGUCGUAGUGAAGCAAAAUGAAAAUAAGCAUCCUUCCAGUACAUCACCCAAGCAAUCAUCUUCUACUCAGCUUACUCCGACAUCCAAGCGACGACAGAAAAUAACCGAAGAAGGAGGAGAAUGCGAAGGACCAUCUACGAGACAACACGAGUCGGUACAUCAAGAACAUCAAAGUCAGACUCUUAACCACAACAGCAUGAACACCACAUCAGCGUCUUUACCAGACGAGCAACAAAGCCUGAGGUUUUAUACUAAAAGACUCGGCAAGGAGUGCCCACUGAGUAUGCAAGCGCCGCUGCAUAGUCGUGACCUCGUUUCUAGUGUGAUUGGGGAAGUACAACGUCUGGCGGUAGAGCUCGGUGGAAGCCGCGAAGCUGAUGAAGACUAGAACGAAGGCUAUACAGAUUCUGUGAAGCAACACAUGAUGAAUAUGGAAGAUGCGCACGCACUCUUGUUAUUUGCGUUUCUUUUACACUACUCGGGCCGUUUCACGAUAAGUAGGCCACUUCGAAGAAGGAAGACAUACGAUUUUCGAUAUUGCCUUUUUGGAUUGAAUCCUAGUUUCGAACAGCCGCUUUGAGUGGUGACGCGUUGACGCGAAGGACGAUUAGGUGCCGAAAACAGAAUUGUGCGGCAGACGCUGCAGGACGAAUUCAUAUUCGGCGUCCUUGUCAAUGUCAAUUUACGAGUCGUACCCUUGUCUGAC